AUUGAUCUUUGAGGUUUGAAAAUUGUCUCAAAACAACAAUAUUACCAUUUAUCGACAGGCAUAGUUGGUAACUGAGGAAAUGACAACUUGGAAUUAAACCUAAAGCUAAUAUGAUGCGAUAAAACAUUAUUGUCCUUCUAUGUGGAAAUAAAACCAAUCAUCCAAUCACAAAACUUGAGAAAACCUUGAUCAUUUCAAAAAUAAAUCAACAUAUCCGCCAUAUGGUAUAUUUAAAGACCUGAGCUUUUCACCUGUUUUUAGGAUUUUUUUAGCUGCAGAUGCAUCUUUUGCCACAAAUCAUCAAGGAUUAAAUAAAAUAAUGCUUUUGUUGCGUUUUAGCCAACAUAAUAUAGAUUUUCUUAUUUAAAAAGGGAUUUUAAUUAUUCAUUUGCAUUUUCUUAUGUGGCAAUAUUUGUAUCCGAUUAAUCGCCAGAAUAAUCGAUUAAUCGGAUACAAAAUACUUAAAAAGUCCAUGCAUCGAAGGUUUCUGUGUGUUCAUGUGAAGUUCAAGGAGGCGGAGAACCUGUCGAAGCGCGUGGCAUCGAUGGGAGAGGAGGCCAGGGAGUUCCUCCCCAGGGCGUACCUGGCGCUGGGCCUCAGCUUCAGCCUUCAGGCCUCUGAGGCCACUCUGUCAGCUGAUCGGAAUGAGUUCAACAAAAAAGCCCUGCAGGCAUUAAACAAAGCCAAUUCAUUAGACCCACUGGACGCUCAGAUUUCCAUGUACCUGGCUCUCCAGCUGGCCCUCGUACGCCAGGUGUCUGCAGCCAUGGAGCCGCUACAAACGGCUUUGUCUCUGCGCGCCGAUGACCUGCCGUCCCUCCACCUGCUGACCCUGCUGCUGAGCUCCCAGAAACAUCACCGUCACGCCCUGGACACCCUCACCCUGGCCCUCAGCCAGCAUCCGGACAACUUCAAGUAAAGCAAACUCCCAAUCACACAUCAAACAGAAAGAAAACCGCAGAGAAGAACAUUUUUGUUAUUUUUACGAGUGUUUGUGACAGAAAGCAGCUCCAGGGCGCGGCGCAGGGAGGGCCUGUCCUGACAGAGCGCUGGCUGUGGGGAUUGGGUGUCUUGGCUGCACUAUGGUGGAAACCAAGCGCACAAACACAGGCGCCGUCUCGACGCCUUAUUUAGACGUGCCAGAGUGGGAAGCCUGCAUUGCAGCACCGUUGCCCCUCAUGCACCCUCACCCUUUCACCGCUGCAGCUCUGGCAACAAUCCUACAGCCACUUCAGAGGGACGUGUCGCCGUGCAUUGCAGGCAUCGAUUAUUUUAGUAAUAUUGACAAUUAAUCAGU